UCCCUGUAAACCACACUCAUUAUCGAAACAACGUGUACAAUGAAUCAACUACUAGUUUUAACGCUAAUCAACUGGAAUUCCUGGCUAGUGACGAUGACGGGAGUUAUAAUAACAGUUUGAUCUUUUCACAAGUGACUCGUAGUCGACCCGAGGCAGGGAUUUUCCUAUCUUGUUGCUAACCACACGGUUCACAUAGUGGUCAGAACCAAUAGUUAGACAAUCUAAUUCCACGGAACCAAGACAGGGUUACCAAAACCUGUUUCUAUUUCAUAGUGAGUGCAUGGAUAGAGACAAGUUAUAAAUGGACGUUCUGAAGAAAUUAUCAUUUCUGAAGGAGCUGAUCGAUGAUAAGAUAUAGUGUGUCUAAAUAAACGAUUGUUUCAAGGAUGAUUACCCUAGCCGAAGCAGAGCAGUAGGACGUUAAACCCCAUUUCAUUUGAUUUAUCAAGGAUGUAACAACUUUCAAAUUGGAUAUAUAUUCUUUUGUCAGAUGAUGGUUCAGUCAGAAUAAAUGGCGACUUCAGCAAGAAACGGCAGUGGUAAGGAAGUAGGUGCUGUAACCUACAACCUGAAAGAACAAAGAUGCCUGGAAAAAUCUAUUCAAUCUUUGAGCAUAGAACAAAAUUAUUCUUUGAAACUUCUGGAACUUAAUCAUCGAGUUCUUCGCGUGAACCACCGGAAGUUGAAGGAUCGCGUGAAUAGAAUCAAAUCCAAUUUAUCAGUUGAAGAUAUCGUGGAAUUACGACACCAGGAAUCCGUUGGUCGACUCAAACCAGUGUCGAACUGUUUAAAUUUAGGAAGUGCGUCAAAGAUCGCAGCUGCAUCUCGUCGUUUAAAUCUCGGUUCCGUCACCGAUCGAUCGGAUGUUUCCCAAAAGACUUAUAAAAAGCUCCCCCGAUCGGCCCCAUCUCAAAUCAGACGCUACUCGGUAUCGGGAGAAUUUGUAGGCAAGAGAGAUGACACAAAUACUUCCGACAGACCAUAUACCAGCGUCGGUAUCACCCCAGAAAUAGUUGUUAACGCACCGACGAAAUCUUUUAUGAACGCAAAGGAUAACACAAUCCAGCAGCGUCCUCAUACAACGGAUGUCAGCAUUCGUAAUAGGAGAUCCUCCUUGAGACCCAACACACAGAACUACUCCACAAACCACCAUUGUUCAAGUCAUUCCCUCUUCUCGUCCCAUUCCGCACUGGAAAAGGAGUUAAAGAGUCCUUCAAGGGCAAGCUCCAUUCAGAAACUCCCUACCGUCGUUGAUGACUCAAUUGAUAGCAACCUGGGCGAAAAUCUAUUCGAGGAACGCCGACAAGACCUGCUGUGUCUUGAAGCAAUCAACUCCGAUAUGUUAAAGAAGCGCCAGGAAGUCUUCUUGCAGGAAGUAGAAGAGUAUUUAAAACAUUCCAAAGCCCCUGGCCUCUCUGGUUCUGAUCUCGCGGAUGCAGAUGUUGAUGGCGCAAUUCAACUUGAAGAAAAAGGAAGUCGACGACAUGUUGAUUUCGAUGGUCGACCACCAGCAGAAAUAUACAAGGAUAGGUUGUUAAAUAUGUGGAAAGGGUUAAACAAAUGUCGAUAUUUACGUGUCCCGGACAGUGUCAUAGACUUAUCCGGUAUAACAACUCUAGCCAAAGAUCAGAUUCAGUUAAACUUAUUCUGGAAACACAAUCCUGAAUCUCCGGUAAACUGACGCAUCAGUAGCAUUCUAUGUCAAAUUUAUGACAAAAACGAAAAUAAAAUAAAAACAAAGCAAGACACACAAUAAAAUAGAUGACAAUGUCGUGCUUUAUGAAAUCCACUUGAAUGUAUAGUAAUAAUACAAACGAGGCCCAACUUAUUUGUUCCAAUAUGGCUGCUACGAAGUCAAGUUGUGCUUUAUGAAAUCCAUUUGAAUGCAUAUCAAUACGACAAGCAGUCAUUGUUUUUGUAAAAAAAAACUAAAUGUGUUUAUAUUCACUUUCAUGAUUGCUUUCCCGAAUUGGUUAGCUGGUGUUUGCAAAUAAAUACGAAACUGUAGGCUGGAUAAUAAAACCGGUCCCAAUAGUAAACCCCCUCCCCCACCCCACCCACCCCACCACAAGAAAAAAAAAUGAUAAUAAUUUUAGACUUUAUUUAUUGUAUUAUUUAUGUUUGUGCUAAAUAAAUCUAUCAAUCUAC